GCCAAGCCAAAGCCUAGAUUUGUAUUUUGUUCUUUUAUGUAGUUUCGAUAUUCUGGCAGUGUUCGAAGUGUCGUUUUUGAGAAGUUGGGCGCCGUUGUUAGUCGAAGGCGUUGAUUGUCAGUGUCUGUUGAUAUAAUGACAUAAGAUCAGUAGGUCCAUUGCACGCAAUUUAUGUGUAUGCGUUGCUGUGCUGUUAGCUGUUAGCUGUAGUAACGGUCCUUCAGUAGCGCGUCGCCGGGUCAUGCGUAGCAUAUCCGCAUGAGCCGACGAAAACAUGUACCCGACUGCACAUGUGGGACCUGGCGCCGAAGACAUGUCAGAAGACGAGGAAGCGUCCUUGGUGCAGGAACGUGACCGGACGCUGCGCACAGCCCUGGACCAAAUCCAGCAGCGACGGCGCGCACCUGCACACCCUCCUAGUCCUCCCUCAGCUGUAGGUGUCAACGAACACCAGCUUAAGGAGUGCCAUGACAGCAGCGAUGCCGUGGUGGAUGGUGACAGCACCGCUGCAGCAAAGCCACCCCCGCCCCAGGGUCCUUUAGAGGCUUUACGACAGCGGGAGUGGCUGCUGAACCUACAGGAACAGCAGGAGCUCCAACGCCUCAAGGUUGCUUUAUCCUCACCUGUGCAGCAGGAACUGACCACAGAGGAGAAGGAGGAGCAAUUGCUUUUCAACGGUGAGGUGCCUCCCCUGUUGCCGGUGCAGUCUGCUGCAACGGCCACAUGUACCACCACAGCUUCUUCGACGUGUACUGCAUCAACCUCGACAUGUUCCACCUCCUCGUCAUCGCAACAUUCCACAAGUACCACAACAUCUGCCCCCACGAACUCUGCGCGCUCUGGACCCAACAGGGGCUCGAUGGGGGGUAGGGGCUCGAUAGGGGGCAGGGGCAGGGGCGGCAAUCGUUCCAGGCCGCCGUGCGUGCACCACAACAGCCGGGGCAGGCCCUUCGCUCGCAGGGAGCAUCCUCAACAAGGUGGCCGUUGGGGACAGGAACGCCGGCCACAGAGCAGAGAGAAUGUCAUGCAAAGGAUGCCCAGUGAACGAGACAGGGCGCCCAGCUACCCUUCUGGCAGCAGCACACCAACCCACAUGACAAUCAGACCCAGUGGUGCACCGGCCACUACUGCUGCAAGUAAUGCUCCAAGUAACCCUCCUGCACGACCUGCCAACAGCCCAAAGAAGACCACGGAGCCACCGGUCUGGCAGCAGGGGGUUGUGCCCCUGUCAGCGCAGGAUGAGGCCUCCAUGCUAGCGCAGGCGAUUGAGCUCAGCCGCCUGGACGAUGGUGCUGCUAGCAGCAUAGAAGAGGAGCAGCUGCGUGUGGUCCUGGAGCAGUCUCGGCAGGAGGCGCGAGGAAGAGGAGGAGGUGGCAACAGUCGGCGAGGGGCAUCACGCUUUGCACGCCGAGGCUGGGGGGGCCCCGGUAGGGGAGGAGGUGCCGAGCGCCGCCCACAGAUGGAGGCUUCACUGCCACCGGUGCCUCCAAACCUCCUCAACGGUAUGACCAUUGUGGGCAGCAUAGACGCAGGCCGUCUCACCUCAGGGAGUGUGCCUCCUCCUCCGCCGCUGCACCUAGUUCAACCUCCCCCGGCUCCGCCUCCGUCGUCGUCCAAUGCGGAACCCACCGUGACAUUCGACCAGUGGCUGUCACUGUGCAGCCGCUACAUGCCCCUGCUGGCCCAGGGCAUGGUGGAGCUUCAGCGCACGUGUGCAGCGGUUCGUUCGGCUGCGCCGUCCCUUGAUGGGGCGCCCCUUUUGCUGCCGCCCCCACUUUGGUCAUCGCGAUUUCCUCCGGGAGGUGCGCAGUCACCUCUGUCACCCAUGGCCCCUCCCAUGACCACGCCCAUGAACUCUCCCAUAACCUCACCCAUGGCCCCGCCUCCCUUGGGUCCUUCUCACAUGGCCCUACCCGAUGGGGGCAUUUUCAAUGCUGCACCUUCGACGUUCCAGUGUGUUCCUCAGCCAGCGCGGCCACCGAGGCCGGUCCGCGGUGCCGGUCACAAUGCUGGCUUGCAUCAGAAAAAUGUACAGCAGCAUCACCAACAGAUGCCAGCUGCACAUGUUGGCAAGAGGCAGCACCCCAACGAGCAGAGUUCGAAACCAUGCAUGCAGGCCCACGGUGGGGGACAAAGUUCGGGCGAUGUGGGUCAUCGCCUACACCAGAAAAAUAUGCAGCAACAUCAACAUCCACAUCAACUUUCAGCAGCUGCUAAUGCAAGCAAAAAGCAGCAGCCCACUGAACAGGUCCACGGCGGCGGGCAAAGUUCUGACGACACUGGGCAUCGCCAGCAUCAGAAACCUGCGCAGCAACAGCCCCAACAGCCCCUGGCAGCUAACAUGGGCAGUAAACAGCAACAGCAUACCUCUGAACAACCACAUGCCCUCUGCCGCGGCGGGGCUCAUGCAAAGAAGAAGAGGAAAGGAGGCAAGCCGACUUCCUCUUAACUUCCGUAUUGUGAUAUGAAGGAAUCUCUUCCGUAAUGCCCUGAUGAAAUCCUGGGAGGCCAGGAGGUUCUGGCUCCUGGAAGGGUGUGGUGUCUGCACAAGCUUCUUCAGUGCAGAGACUGAGCCACGCUACACAAUUUGCGCUUGAUUGUGGCAUGGUGCCUUAUUAAUAUAAGAAUGAAAUAAAUGAGAAUUCAUUUUAUUCAAACCA